GUCCUGGCGGGGGGAGGACAGGGUUGCGGCGGGCGGAACAGUGUCUCCUUCACUUCGCCCUCCAGCCGCGGUAGCUGCAGCGGGACGCAGAGCUAGCCGAGCGGCCUCAGCUGCUAGCGGAGCGGCAGCGGUGCCUGCCCCUCCCCCCAGGAGACCAUCAGAUCACCUCUCCCCGCGGCCUCGCCAUGGCGACCUACGGACAGACCUGCCCACGGCGAGCUUGGAAGUUCGCCUCUUUCGCAAUGUGUAUUCCUCCAUCAUAUGCUGACCUUGGCAAAGCUGCCAGAGAUAUAUUCAACAAAGGAUUUGGUUUUGGGUUGGUGAAACUGGAUGUGAAAACAAAGUCAUGCAGUGGCGUGGAAUUCUCAACAUCUGGUUCAUCUAAUACAGACACUGGUAAAGUUACCGGGACCUUGGAGACCAAAUAUAAAUGGUGUGAGUAUGGUCUGACUUUCACAGAAAAGUGGAACACUGAUAAUACUCUGGGAACAGAAAUUGCUAUUGAAGACCAGAUUUGUCAAGGUUUGAAACUGACAUUUGAUACCACCUUUUCACCAAACACGGGAAAGAAAAGUGGUAAAAUCAAGUCUUCUUACAAGAGGGAAUGUAUAAACCUUGGUUGUGAUGUUGACUUUGAUUUUGCUGGACCUGCAAUCCACGGUUCAGCAGUCUUUGGUUAUGAGGGCUGGCUUGCUGGGUACCAGAUGACCUUUGACAGUGCCAAAUCAAAGCUGACAAGGAAUAACUUUGCAGUGGGCUACAGGACUGGGGACUUCCAGCUACACACUAAUGUCAAUGAUGGGACAGAAUUUGGAGGAUCAAUUUAUCAGAAAGUAUGUGAAGAUCUUGACACUUCAGUAAACCUUGCUUGGACAUCAGGAACCAACUGUACUCGCUUUGGCAUUGCAGCUAAAUAUCAGUUGGAUCCCACUGCUUCCAUUUCUGCAAAAGUCAACAACUCUAGUUUAAUUGGAGUGGGCUACACUCAGACUCUGAGGCCUGGUGUGAAGCUUACACUGUCUGCUCUGGUAGAUGGGAAGAGCAUUAACGCUGGAGGCCACAAACUUGGGCUUGCCCUGGAGCUGGAGGCUUAAUCCAGCUGAAAGAAACCUCUGGGAAUGGAUAUCAGAAGAUUUGGCCUUAAUAUAUUUCCAGUGUGACCAGCAGGCUUCGCCCCCCCCCCCCAAGAAGGUGAUCAAAACAAAGGAUGAUCUAAACAAGAGCUGUAUUUUAAAUAUUU